AUGCACGAAGUUGCCAUGUUGCCACUGAAACCAGAAGAAAAUCCAGAUACUCAGACUCCUGCCUCAAAAAGGGAAAGCAGCAUGGAAAGGAAAGGAACCAAUGGUGAGGCUCUACUACCUCUACCAAGAAUUCUUCCCCUAGAGAUUGAGCACAAUGAGGAAGGCAUGCAGCUGAUGACUGAAGCAGGCCAGACUUUCCAAGAUGUCCACCUCUGUUGGCUGGGACCCAUCAUCCCUGUGCUGAGGCUUGUUGACCCUGCAUUUGUUGCCCCCCUGCUCCAGGCCCCAGCUUUGGUGGCCCCAAAGGACACGGCUUUCUUAGGCUUCCUGAAGCCCUGGCUGGGAGAUGGGCUCUUCCUGAGUUCAGGUGACAAGUGGAGCCGCCAUCGCCGUCUGCUCACACCUGCCUUCCACUUGGACAUCCUGAAGCCCUAUGUGAAGAUUUUUAACCAGAGUGUAAACAUCAUGCACCGUCGCUUCCGCAAGGCCUGUGACCUGGUGCACAACUUCACAGAUGCUGUCAUCAGGGAGAGACGGCGCACUCUCUCCAGACAAAACCUUGAUGAGUCCUUGAAAUCCAAGACUAAGUCUAAGACUCUGGAUUUCAUAGAUGUGCUCUUGCUGGCCAAGGAUGAACAUGGAAAGGAGAUGUCAGAUGAGGAUAUCCGGGCAGAGGUUGACACCUUCAUGUUUGGAGGCCAUGACACCACCGCCAGUGCAGUCUCCUGGAUCCUGUACAACCUGGCAAGGCACCUGGAAUACCAGGAUCGCUGCAGGCAGGAGGUGCAGGAGCUGCUGAGGGACCGAGAGCCUGAGGAGAUUGAGUGCACUCUGGAGGCAGAGGUCUUUAAACAGUUAAGAGUCCCUACCCUGACUCUCUGCAGGAACUGCAUAGGACAGACUUUUGCUAUGAAUGAGAUGAAGGUGGUGCUGGCGCUGACGCUGCUGCGCUUCCGCAUCCUGCCAGAUGACAAGGAGCCGCGCCGGAAGCCAGAGCUGAUCCUGCGCACAGAGGGCGGGCUGUGGCUGCGGGUGGAGCAGCUGAGCGGGGGUGUGCAAGGACCCCAAUCCUGACCUGGGACUUCUUCACCCCACCCUCCAAUUGUUCCCUCUAGAUCCCAGAAUUAAGGUGGUUCCACCGAACGCCAGCAAGGGGCGCUGGAGGGCCCAGAAUCAGCAGUGGUCUUGCUGAAGAGAAUGGGCUGGUGUCCUUGAGUCAAAGAACCUGUUUGCUGAUCAGCAAGGCUUUCAUGCUUAGAGUUCUUUUCCAGCCCAAGCUUGGACUUCAUCCUGUUAAAGUCACCACAGGUUUUGGAGUAGAUUAGGAGAGGGACGCUGAGACUCUUUAGUUACCGAAACGAAGCCUUAAUUACAGUUUCCACUUUCUUCUGCCUUCUUCUCCUCCUCCUCCUUAUUAUAUUUGAAGCGCUCCUCCAAUUUUUUUUUCUUUUUUUUUUUUUGCCUCUUAGUGCUGUACUUACAGUAGUGGGCUGCCACACUGUAGCGGGGGUGGGGGGGAAGGUAUAUUUGUAAAGUUUGACUAAAAUAGUUUCUCAGAAAAGGUGUAACUUGGCAUCAUUGAGAAGCCUAUUAAAUGACAUUCUAGACUUAUGAUACCCAAGAUCACUAAGGCAUCUUAAAAUGAACAAAGUCAUACUUCCUUUAACUUUAGUCCUGGGUGGUGUUCAUUGAGAAUCUCACUUAUUUCACAAGAAUCUUAUAAUUUCCCUUUCUAGUAGCACUUUUGGGCUUGGAUUCCUCCACCCUCAUCACAAAAUCAUUAAACCAGUGUCAGAUGGAAGUGGUGACUCGUCCCUGAAAUCCAGUCCCUGUGGCAGGGGGAUCAUGAGUUGCAGAAUAUCUUUGAACAUAGAGAAAGUUUGAGGCCAGCCUAAGCCUGGUAGGCCUUGCCCUCCCACUUUCCCUCUGCCUUGCUAACCUAUUAGAUUACAUUCCUAAAGCUAGCCACCACGGUCUACACCCUUAUUUGACCACUUCCUCCUUUUGAGGCUGACUGCCAAAGUGCAGCUGUCAAACUAUUGAAGUACUGUACUCACAAGCCCUCUUUGAUACCCCCUAGUUAACGUGCCUCAUUAAACACUUCAUCCUAAUGCAGGGUGUCACCACUGCUGGGCUCACCAGACUCUUCAAGCCCCUUUUUGAGUUUUAUAGAAGAAACAAACAACUAUGGGGAGGAGACUGAGUGAGCGCUCGGUGUUAAGGUUUUCCUGCAUUGUUACCCUUUGGUGAUGCGUUGACUGUUUUGAGCUAUCUCUGUUUCUGUAAGUAAGCCCUCACCAACACUCUGGUUAAUAACCCCAAUAAACAAUUUGCUGGUUAACUGA